GAUACUGCUGCAAUCAUCGCACCUAGUGCGCAUUGCUGUUACGACAACGGUCGCGUGAUGUCGUUGCCAGUGUACACGCGCUCCUCUCGCCGCCGACCGUUCGACAUGUAAUAAUGCGUAGCUGUAACAAUACCGUUUUACGCGAUAUAUUUUGUACUGUGAUAAUACGUGUUGCAUGUGCAACGUAAAUAUACUUUUUAUAUAAUAAUUAUGUAUCGUAUUAAUUAAUCAUAUAUAUAUAUAUAUGUAUAAAUAUAUACGUAUACAUUGAUUACGGCUCAAAGUAGUUUAUGAAAUAUAUCGUGAUUACCGCCGCCGUCGUAUAAACGAUCACUCGCGUUCGUCCGUGCAAUAAUAUAUAUAUAUAUAUAUUGGAUUACAUUUAGAUACGUCGGCCGAGCAGAUGAUGUCUACUGCAACGACGUGAAUAUCGUGUGAUCUUACACGGCAGUCUGCGCGUACAUAGGUAUAGAUGUGGCAACUGUCGGCUUGCGAUCGGAAUGAUCUCAGGAGACACUUGCAGAUGGCCACCGCCCUCAACCGGGCUAAACCGUUCGGACAUUCGGCUCAACUUUUCUACAAUGAUCCAUACGAGGUGGUCAACGCGGCUAGCAGUCGACUUGUAGCCCAAGCAGCCGCGGGUUCGGGGCAAAUACAAUUGUGGCAGUUCCUGUUGGAGUUGCUGGCCGAUUCCAACAACGUCGGGUGCAUUUGCUGGGACGGUCCCGGUGGCGAAUUCAAGCUGAUUGACCCGGACGAGGUGGCCAGACGUUGGGGCGAACGCAAGUCGAAGCCUAAUAUGAACUACGAUAAGCUCAGCAGAGCUCUUAGGUACUACUACGACAAGAACAUCAUGACCAAAGUUCACGGUAAACGGUACGCGUACAAGUUCGACUUCCAUGGACUGAUGACUGCGUGCCAUCAAAGCCAGCCGCAGAUGCCAACAGCACAGACGUCUGGUCUUCAAGCAGCCGCUGGCCCAUCAUCUGUCGCCGUGCCGUCUACACCGUCGCCGUCCGACUUUGCCAACGGCCUAUACAGCCAACAGCACGCUUCCGCUUCUGGUCCGUCGACCGCUAUAUUUCCGGCCGGGCCUUCUUACUGGACCACGUCCGCCGCGGGGUUGUCCACGCUAUACCAACAUCCGGCCGGGCCGCGGUAUCCACCAUAAUCCACUACAUCAUAGUAUAUAAUAUAAUAUAAUAAUCUAUACUAGAGAUGGGUUCUCAAACUAGUUAAACACUCGAAUACCACAAACUUCGAUAAAUUUGUAAACAGUACUUAAUGAAUUAUUACUCAAAAUCGAAUACUCCAAACUCGAAUAUUUUUGAAAAAUUCGAUGAAAAUAAAGUUCAAUAUCGAUACUAUUAUAAAUAGCAUUUAUAUAUUUUAUGAU